ACUGAAUGAAAGCAUGAGACAGUUUGCUUUAGUACUCACAUUGUAUCUCACAUCUACUUAAUAACCAACCAUGCCCAAGUGUCCCAAGUGCCAGAAAGAAGUUUACUUUGCUGAGAAAGUUUCCUCCCUUGGUAAAGAUUGGCACAGACCAUGUCUAAAAUGUGAGAAGUGCAGCAAGACUUUGACUCCUGGAGGCCAUGCUGAGCAUGAUGGGAAACCAUACUGCAAUCAGCCUUGUUAUGGAGCGUUGUUUGGACCAAAAGGAUUUGGACGUGGUGGAACAGAAAGUCAUACUUUCAAAUAAUUUGAUUUGAAAACACUGAAAUCUAGAAAUAUCUACAAGCAAGUCAUGAGUGUUUAACCUUCCUUUUAAUUAAUCUAGUUUCAAUAGUCACUUGUAAAUUGGACAAAUUGUGACCUUAUCAUGAUUUAUUGCUUUGCAUGCAAUGAGAAACAACAUAGAAAAUCAUCUCUGUCUAUUUAGCAAGAUAAUUGCAAACUUGAUAUGUUUGUUCUAAGCUACAUCAUACAAACAUUGAAUUGUGUAUCCAUAAGGCUAUGUAAUAAUUUUUACUGAAUAAACAAAAAUAUUGUAGAGAAAA